AUGCAACGCGCUCGUGGCGGUCGUAUGAGCUGCCGGCGGCGGAAACGAAAGUGUGACCGCCGCCGUCCGUUCUGCGAAGCCUGCACCCAACGAGGGAUCCAAUGCCCUGGAUACUCGACGCCCCUGCGCUGGGUAGACGGUGCUGCGAACCAUCCUGCUGUUGGCGAAGGUAGCGGUAGCACCGGCAGUCCUGCAGAAUCCAACAGUAUCCCAAGCCAGGUCGCCCUCCCGAGUCGUCCUAGCCCUCACAUUCAGACGACACAUAUUACGGAUGAGCUCUUCCAUAAGUGGAGUGACGCUCACAGUUCUCCGCACAGGCCUCAUGGGCUUUUACAGUACAUCGGUGUGCUCAUGGGUCCAGCCGUUCUUGUUGAGAUGUCUGCCAAGAGUAAAUCUCUUGUGCUACUAUCUUCUGCUAUUCAAGCCUAUCUCAAUGAAGGCAGUUCAGAUAUGUCUGUCUUCUCUAUGGAGUACAUUGACACUGCUCUGAAGGAGUUUCGGCGCGAAAUCGUGGUCCACUACGACGUCAUGCCAGCUGCCACAGCCUGCUCUGGCGUAUUACUCUGUGAUCUCCAAGGAAGUCGCUCCGGCGAUAACCAACUAAUUCCGGCGGACCCUAGGAUCCAUCACAUGGUGCCUAUUGAAUGA